AUGGCACCGAUAGCAACCGCGAAGUAUGACUGGAUCCUAGCCAUUACCACCAUUGCUUUCGUGUUCAGCGCCUUUGGAAACGGUGCCAACGAUGUCGCUAACGCAUAUGCCACCUCCGUCGCGGCCCGGACGCUCAACAUGGCCACGGCCGGUGUCCUAGCUAUUUUCACCGAAUUCAUCGGCGCAGUAGCUAUGGGCAAACGAGUCACCGAUACAAUCAAGAACGGCAUCAUCGACAUCAACCGCUUCGAAGGCAAGCCUGGUGCGCUCAUGUUGGCCAUGGGCUGUGCCGAGAUUGGCGGCGCCUCAUGGUUGAUGUUCGCCACCCGGAUGGGCUGGCCCGUCUCGACAACGCAGACUAUCGUCGGUGCCCUCAUUGGUGUUGGCUUUGCUAGUAAGGCUUCUGUCAACUGGGGCUGGUCAGAUGGCAGCGUCUCCCAGGUCGCUGCAUCUUGGGGUAUCGCCCCCCUCGUGUCAGCUGGAUUCUCGGCUAUAAUCUUCGGUACUCUCAAGUACGGUGUCCUUGAACGUCAAGAUCCCUUCAAGUGGGGCAUGCGUAUGAUUCCACUUUACCUCGCUUUGACGGGAGCUAUCCUCGCCCUCUUCAUCGUCAUCGAAGCCCCCACAGCGCCCUCGUUGGAAGAGUUUGGUGCUGGCAAGGCAGCCGGCAUCAUUGUCGGUGUGUUCUUCGGCUGUCUCUUCAUUGCCUAUUUCUUCUUCAUGCCAUAUUUCAACCGCCGUCUGGUCCGAAAGGAUACGCGCAUCAGGUUCUAUCACAUCCCUCUGGGUCCCCUACUGCGGAAAGAAAACCCAUGGCUAUACUUCCCGGGAAAGGGGGAUGAGGUCGUGGUUAGCUACUAUGAAGAUGCUUACGGCGAAGUGCGAGCCGGUCAAAAAGACACAGAGAAGGAAAAUAUCACAUCAAAUGCAGACUCCGUCAUGCCCACGCCGGAGAUCACACCAAAGUCUAAGCCGGCACACGUCGGGGAUGACGAAGAGAAGAUCACACCGGAGCCCAAGCCACGUAAGAAGCAUCUCGAACCAACUGAGCGCUUCAUUGACCCUGUCCGAGAGCUAUCCUGGACAAACCCCCAGAAGGCCUACGGUUAUGUUAAAUGGAUUUUCCUUCAGGGUGUGACUCGCGAUGUGAUUACACACGACUCUCCUGAGCUGCGAGCAAUCCACGCACGUGCCCACCGUUAUGACGACCGCGUCGAACAUCUCUGGACAUACUGCCAGGUUGUGUCAGCUAUGAUGAUGUCGAUUGCACACGGCUCAAAUGAUGUUGCUAAUGCUGUUGGGCCCUGGGCUGCUGUGUACAGCACGUUCCACGCUGGCUUCGUCGAGACUAAGGCACCCACCCCGAUCUGGUUCUUGAUUGUUGCUGGUCUCUUGCUCGGUCUCGGAUUCUGGUUUUACGGUUAUCAUAUCGUUCGUGCUCUUGGUAACAAGAUCACGCAGAUGUCACCUACGCGUGGCUUUAGUGUUGAGCUUGGAGCAGCUAUCACCGUCAUGUUGGCUUCAAGACUUGGCUUGCCCGUUUCCACGACGCAGUGCUUGACUGGUGCCGCUAUGGGUGUCGCUCUCAUGAACUAUGAUCUUGGCGCGGUCAAUUGGAAGCAGCUUGGCUUUAUCUUUGGUGGCUGGGUCUUGACUUUGCCUUGCGCGGGUUUGAUUUCGGGGCUGCUUUGUUUGAUGGCAUUAAAUGCUCCUCAUUUGUAA